AUUUUGGGAAGCUGUCGUCAUGGCAACAAUCACUAUUUAAGUUUCUUUAAUCAGAAUAUCGUAUGUACAGUUGUUACUGUGAUUGACGGCGUAGUGUUUUGAAGAUGUCAUCACCGGGAAGUAGACGUUCAAGCGGUGUAGGUGUUGUCCACAGAGAAAGCAUUGAGAACACAACAACAUCACUGUCGCAUAGCGAACAGUCGCAAACAGGCGAGAAUGGGAACACUGUUGAACGUGCUCGGCGAUUGACUGCAUACGAGCGGCUCUCGCAUGAUCUGAGUAACGAUCAGAGGGUGAUCAAGGAGAUAACGCUUGGGAAGCGUAUUGGAUUUUAUCGUAUCCGUGGUGAACUUGGCAGUGGCAACUUCUCGCAGGUGAAGAUGGGAAUACAUGCAUUAACAAAAGAAAAAGUAGCAAUUAAAAUCCUUGACAAAACGAAGCUGGACCAAAAAACGCAGCGUUUGUUAUCACGGGAAAUAAGCAGUAUGGAAAAAUUACAUCACCCUAACAUCAUACGAUUGUACGAAGUUGUAGAGACGCUCGCUAAACUGCAUAUCGUUAUGGAAUAUGCUCCUGGUGGGGAGCUAUUCGCCAAGAUAUCUAAUGAGGGAAAACUAAACGAAACAGAGGCCAAAUCGUUGUACGCACAAGUCAUUGCAGCAGUUGAACACAUGCAUGGGAAGUUUAUCAUACACCGAGAUUUGAAAGCUGAGAAUGUGUUUUAUGCCACAAAUGGACUUGUUAAAAUUGGUGAUUUUGGAUUCAGUACUGUUUGCAAACCUGGAGAGACCUUGAAUACGUUUUGUGGAUCUCCUCCUUACGCUGCACCUGAACUUUUUAAAGACGAGAACUACAUCGGCCAUUGGGUUGAUGUAUGGGCUAUGGGAAUAAUGUUGUAUUUCAUGGUAACUGGUCUAAUGCCGUUUCGUGCCGAAACUGUAGCUAAGUUGAAAAAAUGUAUAUUGGAUGGAACGUACACAAUACCGUCCUACGUAUCUGAAGACUGUCAGAGCCUAAUCAAGUCAAUGCUCAAACCAUUGCCAUCGGACAGGCCAUCGCUAAAUGAUAUGAAACGGUCAGCUUGGCUAGAAGGGAUAGAGUUCCCCAGAGCUCACCUACAGUACAAGCUGAUGCCGCAUUUUGAUAAAUCAUCAAGUGCGGAAGAAAUCGAAGUGAAAUCAGCACUUAAGGAUUUAGGAAUUGGGGAGGAACACUUGGAACAAACCCGUGAUAAGGACUCCAGGAACAGUAUCACGGGUACAUAUCGAAUCAUUUUGCAUCGAAUACAGAAGAAAAAUUCGGAACCGCCAUUGCAGUCGCCUGUGAUAAAUGACAACAGUCGCAACACAAAGAAACUCAGCAAAGACCAAACAACAAAUAACAGAGGCAAUAAAGUGUCCAAAUUUUGUUCUAUUUUAUAA